AUGCCACCAGGAGCAGUGGCCCCAGCUUCCUCCAUCACAGCUGCAGCAGGGGUUGGGGGUAGGGGUGUCCAGGGAAGGUUUUUGUAUAGGUCUGUGUCACAGCAUUGGGUGUUCGGUGAGGGGACGAAGCUGACCAUCCUAGGUCAGCCCAAGGCUGCCCCCUCGGUCACUCUCUUCCCGCCCUCCUCUGAGGAGCUGCAAGCCAACAAGGCCACACUAGUGUGUCUGAUCAGUGACUUCUACCCGGGAGCCGUGGAAGUGGCCUGGAAGGCAGAUGGCAGCGCUGUCAACGCGGGAGUGGAGACCACCAAACCCUCCAAACAGAGCAACAACAAGUACGCGGCCAGCAGCUACCUGAGCCUGACGUCCGACCAGUGGAAGUCCCACAAGAGCUACAGCUGCCAGGUCACGCACGAAGGGAGCACCGUGGAGAAGACAGUGGCCCCUGCAGAAUGUUCAUAGGUUCCCACCCCUCACCCCAUCCACGGGGGCCUGGAGCUGCAGGAUCCCAGGAGAGGGGUCUCUCCUCCCACCUCAAGGCAUCCAGCCCUUCUCCCUGCACUCAAGAAACCUUCAAUAAAUAUCUUCAGUCAACCA